UCUGAAGCAACGUGUCAUUGCGAUGUAAACAAGCUUGAAUCAUACAAAAGUGAAAAUGUUUCUAUUGUGGUCAGCGUUUAAUAUUUAAAUAAAAGUUUUCGAAAAUGAUUGAAAUUACGGCAAGGUUGGUUCGUGAACAGAGCGCCGUUUUCCUUUGUGGCGAGGUAGUGGAGUGUUUGAUUACUUUCUCCAACCCGUCGCUUCCAGAACAUCGAAUCUCACAGAGCAAUAGUGACAUUCUAGAAAAUCUAGCAUGGGCCACCGUUCAAAUACAUUGUUACUGCAAUUCCACUCUUCAGGAGCGUGGUGCAGUUGGGGGUGGAUCUAUUGGAUCCGGAAACGCAACCGGGGUUGAUGGCGGUGGCGGUCACACUUCGAAUAGUGUCACGGUAACCGCACUGCCAAUCAACAAAAACAUAGGCAGUGGAUCGACAUCUCUGAAUGCCAGCAAUCAACUGAAGGGUGAAGUGCUUCAGUCCUCGGAACCGAAGAUCCUGUUCUGCGAGCUUCGAUUAUCCCCGGGGGAAUCCAGACAGUUUAUGUUCCGUGAAACCCUUCCCACGAAUACUCCGCCCACUUACCGUGGAGUUAUGGUAAAGUAUUACUACAAAAUCACCGUAGCCACUCAACGAGUUGGUUCCACAGUGCAGGCCCUGCACAUUCCAAUACGUGUUCUUCCAUUGCCCCCGAUUAACUGCAGUGAUGAAACAAUCACUCUGAACGACGAAUCGAACGAGGACCUUGCCCCGAACAAUCCUUUCCUGGAAAAGAAGAAAGCUCCAUCGAAAAUUGAGUACGCUUUGCACUAUCUGCAGAACAUUACCGCCAGAAGAAGACCGAACUUCUAUCUUAUUUCCAACAAACGCGGUAGAGUCGGUCGGUUUUGCUUGUUCAAGCCAAUCUACAAACUGGGAGAAGAUAUUGUUGGAACAUUAGACUUCAGUUGUGGCACCGUAAAAUGUGUGCAGCUUUCGGUAACUUUGCAAUGCGAAGAAAUUGUAAAAAAGAAGGAAAGCGAAAAACCUAACUCCACGUCAACAAACCAACAGGAGAAAGAUGCCGCUAGUUCCGCUACAGUUGGUCGCAUUACUAACUACACUAAGCACCAUGAAGUGUGUCUGGGCCUGCUCCAGACCCAGAUGAUUCUCCCAAUUCCGCUGUACGUAACACCAACUUUCGAAACCGAUCUAGUGGAUGUGAAAUGGCGGUUGCAUUUCCAGUUCGUUACCAGUACCAAUGAUGAGCUGACCGUAGUAAAUAACCCGGAAAGCCUAGAAUGGCAAGCUCCGACAGAUAUAUCGAUCGAAACUAUGAUAUGGAACCUACCAGUAACUCUGUACCCAACUGCUCCUGUUCAGAUUCCGCAACCUAGCGGAACAUUCGUACUAAACAUGAAGUAACAAACCCUAGGUUAAGAUAGUAUAAACUGUAUUUCAUUGUAUUUUUUAUUAUUGAAGUUAAAACUAUAUACACUCAAAGAUAA